AUGAGAAGGUUUAAUCAACUAGCCGGUAAUCAAUUCGUUGCUAAGCAACACGAACAAAAUCCAAUUGAUUCCGACUAUAAUUUGUGGCUGAGUAAACACCCUUCAGCUCAAAUGGAGGAGGGGAUGAAAGAUAUACCCGGUUCAUUAAUAGAAGACAAUAGAUAUUGUCUCUCUAUCCACUACCGACACGUGAAUGAAAAGGAUCUUAGCACUCUACAGAACAGAGUGCAAUCUAUAUUAAAAAAUUGGCCAAUGUUUCACACAACUGGGGGAAUAAAAGUGACUGAGAUAAGGCCCUCCAUAAAGUGGGAUAAGGGCGAUGCCCUUAAAUACUUGUUGGAGACGUUUAAGGACAUCUCCAACUCCAGCAAAGAUUUAAUCCCUAUAUAUAUUGGAGAUGACCGAACAGAUGAAGAUGCAUUCACGGUUUUAAGAAGUAUGAAUUGCAGAUUUCCCAUAGUAGUCAAUUCAAAGGCUAAGGAGACAGCCGCAUUGUACUCGCUUAGAGAUCCUCAAGAAGUCUUUCAUUUUCUUUCUAGACUAGCUACAUGUAAUAAUGGUGAUUUACCAAGUUCUUCGGCCACCACUAGUUAA